AUGGAUUCUCCUAUUGUUCUCAUCAUCGGCUGCGGUGUAGCUGGACCUGUGCUUGCAAUUCUUCUCAAGCGCAAGGGCUAUCAUCCAAUUGUGUUUGAAAAGGUUCGAGAGCUGGGUACUGCUGGAGCGUCGUUGAUGGUGAUGUCCAACGGACUCAAAGUCUUUAACAUGAUCGGGGUUGCAGACGCGAUCAAGGCCGAGUCCCUACCACUCCAAGCUCUUUGGGAUGCCAAAGCUUCAGGGGAAGUGCUGGGGCAAUCCGAUUUGCCAUCCACCUUUGCCGAGAGAUACCAGCAGCCUGCCGCCGGUAUCAGACGAACAAGCUUAAAUCUGUUGCUGAAAAACAAGGUAUUGGAAGAGGGUAUCGAAGUAAGAGAAGGGUGGGGACUGGUUGAUAUUCAAGAGCACGACGACUCAGUCACGGCAACUUUCAGCAACGGCGAAUCAGUCACGGGGUCUUUUCUCAUUGGAUGUGAUGGUAUCAAAUCAGCAGCAAGAACGAUUCUGCUAAAGCAACGGGGGAUCGAAGAGGGUGCCCCUUCGUUUACGGGUCUCACACAAACCGCCUUCCUUUCAGAAACACCGGGGCCUCUGCAAGACUUGGCAGCCAUGCGCAACUGGUACGGCGAUGGAACGCACGUAAUCGCUUACCCAGUCGGCCCAAAGACCACAUCAUGGGCUCUCACGCAGCGUGAAACUCAGGAGAGAGAAGAGACAUGGCGCCCCUUUACCGCUGACCAGAUGAAAGCUCAGCAAGAUGUCCUGUGUAAGCUGCUCGAGGGGUGGGAUGAGAGCAUCAUCCAGGGGGUGAAGUCUUCGGAACGCAUCAUCAAGUUUGGUCUCUUUGAUCGAGACGAGUUGAAGCCCGAGCAGUGGUAUUCUAAGCGAUGCGUGCUAGUCGGGGAUGCCGCCCAUCCUACCAGCCCUCAUCUAGGACAGGGAGCCAACCAGGCCAUGGAGGAUUGCUACCACUUGAGUUCCGCACUCCCAAAUCUCUCUUCCAGCAAAGAUAUCGAGGGAAACAUUGCAGCUCUCGGCGCCAUCUCGGACAUCUUCCGGCCUUUUGCAGAAAGCCGUCAGCCGCGAACGUCGGUUCUCGUCAAGGGAGCUCGCGCUCUCGGGGAGAAGCGAGUGGCUGUCGGUGCCGAGAGGGGCAAGGAGCGAGAUGAAGCUGUUGCGCAAUCCUACCAGGGAGAUGCUGCAGCGAUAGUUGAAAAGUUUGAGGGGCUGUUGAGCCAGCCGUUUAACUAG